GGUAAUGAGCGUGUUUCUCUCAUCAUCACUGACAUCAGACUGCACAGCGGCGCGCAUUCAGGGAGCGCGCUCGCCCGAGACAGUUUAUCUGUGAUCCGCUUCUUCACUCGGCUGCUUCUCAACGAAAUAACAUACGGUGGCACUGUGUUUGAAGAUGGUGGCUCCCGUUGUCUGUCGCCUCUUGGCUGUGCUCCUCAUCACACUAUCCCACACUUCGUACAGCUCUGAGAUCCCAUCUGAAAAUAGCAAAAAGAGUGUGACCUGUUCUUCCACCUCUGAAUCCAAGCAAGAUCAUGACAUGGGACUUCUGGGUGGCAGCCAACGACGGAGACACUGGCCACGUAAAGACAGGGAUAGUAUUGGGCUCCACUCUCAAAGGCCACUGGAGGAUGAUGGGACAAGUCUGGAGGGUCUGAGCCCUGUAAGGCUGGAGAUGGGGCCUGGGGACAGUAUAACAACGGAGGUUCACAAGGAGGUGCAGGCUCCUGCUCAUAUGCUGCGGGGAAAUCAUCCACUGGAGGGAGAGUUCAAUCGUAAAGGCAGAAGACAUGGCCAUGGGCAUCAGGCUGAUCACAGAAAGCAGGGAGGCAAAAGAGACAAAGGUCGAGCUAAAGGGGAUCUCUAUGACCCUGAACCAGAAUUAGGCUCCUUGUUGAAGGAUAUGAACGCAUUUGAGGAUGGUUUUAACACCUCCCCGCCCAAUCACGACAAUGCCCCUCUCACUGAAGCUCCCUCCCCUCUCUUUCCCAUUUUGGUAACCACGGCAAUCAACGAGCAUCCCCCAACACUGUCCCCAGCCUCCACCAAACCCCAGGUACUCUGGCAAGCAGAAGCGCCCUUGAAUAUGAAGAAGUCGGGUCGAGGGAAGGCUCAAGGGGAGGUGAUGCCUACUCUGGACAUGGCCCUCUUUGACUGGACUGAUUAUGAGGAUAUGAAGCCUGUAGACACUUGGCCAUCCAGCAAAAGAAAAGAUAAACGUCGUGGCAAAAACAAGAGUAAUGGGAACACAACACUAGAUGCUGAUGUCAUUGACCCAUGUGACCAUCAUCUUGACUGCCUCCCUGGUUCCUGUUGUGACCUCAGAGAGCAUGAGUGCAAACCUCACAAUCGCGGCCUAAACAACAAGUGUUAUGAUGACUGCAUGUGUGAGGAGGGUCUGCGUUGUUAUGCUAAGUUCCACCGCAAGAGGAGGGUGACCCGAAGACGGGGCCGCUGUGUGGAGCCAGAAUCAGCCAACAGCAGCCAAGGAGCCUUCAUUACCAUCUGACAUAUAGAGAGAUACCCCAUGACUGAUGAUGGACUGAGCUUUGAAGAAUGUGGGUCAACGUUAACACAUCCUUAGCCUGCAGUAUAAAUGUAUAUACACUGUUCAUCUGCCUGUCAGGGUUGUGCACCAUUCAGAAUUCAAUUUACAAUGGUUUUUAAAUUCUUGAAUUUGAAUUGAGCUAGCAAUCAGUAUACAAAAUUGUCAUUUGAAACAGAAAGAAGAAUUGUACUUUUUAGUUUGAAUUAACCAUGAAUGUUGUCAUGUGCACAACAUAUGGGAUAUUUCUAGAAACACUAUAUUAAUAAUAAAAAUUUUAAAUACCACCUAUCAAAAUCAAAUUAGUUUUUGGAUCAAAGCCAACUAAUAUACCACUGAAUAUUACAUUUCUGUGGAUAAGCAUGUUAUAUUAUGUAAUUAGAUCAGCAUUUAUUUUUUUCUACAAUUUAAAAACAAUUUGUUUGUGAUGCAGAGUGCACAAUAUUAUAGCAUAACCUCAAAAUGAUUUUACCAUAACACAUGAUUUGUAAAUAAAUACAUUUUGACAUUGGCAUUGUAUGGCUUUUCUAAAGUAGUAAACUUGCUGAGUAUCUCACCUGGUACAGUACUGCAGAACUCUCGGCUAUAAGUUCAAUGAAAACAAGAUAAAACACAACCUUGGUUGGAAGUUAAACAGUGUACUCAAAUAUGUCUGUUUAAAGAAUAAUUAUUUAUGAGCAUCAGGGUUUAAAUAGACACAAUUAUACAACAAGUAUACACAAUUAUAGUUAAUACAUUGAUUAUGCAAUUAUUUAUGCUGUCAUAAAACUUAAAUUUUUAGUCAAUUCCUACUUCUGUUUUUGAGAUACAAGUUUAACUUUCUUACUUUCAAAUUCACACUUUUGAAUUUCAAGGAAGCUGAUUCUUAAAGUAUGAAUUUUGCCCAACCCUGCUGCUUGUCAAAUGUUACUUUUAAGUUUGAACAGAAUCGUUUGCGUCUGAAUUGAAGGCUUUUUCUACUGAUUAUUGUAAUACUACUGUCAAUAACUACUGCUACUCCUGUAUUAAUGGAUAUAGAUUUGUUUGGUUUAUUUGUAAUAUAUGUUUUAUUUAUUCAAGUUCCAAACAGCUUCUUUUAUUGAGAGAUGUUAUCAUGGAUAGGGAAUGUGCUCUUCUUUAAUGACUGUGUUCUGUCAGAAGGAUGGAUGGGUGAAUGAGUGAUUGUUACCUGUAAGGGUUAGAGGGAUACAGAUGGACAGAGGAGAUUAAGGGAGAGAUGGAUGACUUGUCAGUUUAAAUCAUUGAGCUUCUUUAUGGUCUGACACACAUCUGUGUCCCAUCACUGUCUUGUUUUAACUGUUUGUAUUAGACUUUUAUGUUAGUGGGGCUGUAGAUAUGCUUUAGUCUUUGUAAAGUUUUAUUUUAAUUUAAUUUUUUUCUGUCAACUUGUUUUAACUCAAAAUUUCUCAAGCUCCAUAAAUUGUCAAUUAUUUUUAACUGAUACAACAGAAAUAAACAUAACUAAGGAGACUAGGAUCCUAACCUUUUUUCCAGUCACAUAUGAUUUUGAGAAAUACUGUGAUAUAUUGUACAUAUUAUUGCAAAUUUUCAAGUUACAAAAAAAAACCUCCUGUACAAUUACAAAAGAAACAAUUCUGAACAGGUGACUGCUCUGAAAGAAAGUUAGCUGUGGGAUAAUGGACUUUGUGAUUAAAAAAAAAAUCACACUCUUAGGUCAACCAUAUAAAAUUUAAAAUAAAAAGUUUUAUCAAUGCA